AUGACGCUUGUGCGGUUCAGGACGCGGGGCGCAGCUCGUGCGGUUUUCCCUCCCUUUUCUUCCUUUCCUUUCCUUUCCUCUCCCCCGUCUUUCUGUUCCCUCCUCUCGCCUGCACCCGCCUUCUGCUCUCCGCCUGUGUCUCUGCCGGAGUCUCGCGCCGGUUCUCCUCUGGCGAUUUGGCGCUCUGUUCCAGGGCCUACACUGCGAGGCCAGCGAGUUCUGCCGCUGUGCGCCGAGAAGGCGACACAAGCUUUCGAUGGGGGAAACUCGCUCGUUUCAACACCUCACCGCAGCGCAUCCGCGUCGCGCCGACGCGCACGUCGGCCUUCGCGUUUCACUCUCCGGCCGGAAGACGGUCGAGCUGACAGCGACGAGAGACAGGCGUUCGCACUGGAAGUCGCCGGCGCAUGCGCGAGGCAUGCAGGGACGCGAGCCCGCCAUGUCAUCGUCCUCAGUGCCGGUAGGAGAGCCCGCGAGCGCCUGAGCCCCCCAGGGCGGGUAGAGCUCUCGGCCGCGCCUUCCCCUCGCUCGCUGUGCCGGGAGGCUCCGUGGGACGAACCGAAGGGUUUCUUCGCUUCUCUGCGUAGUGGGCGAGCGUCUCUCGUCUGCGGCCAGAGGCGAUCGAUUUCCUCCCUGCUCCAUUCUCGUCCUGUCGACGCGAGCGCGAGCGCGACGCCGGAUCCUCCGCGAGAUUCUUCGCCUCUCUGUUCUUCGGCGACCCCAGAGGGAGGCUGUUCAAUCCUCGAGACUCAGGGCAGCGAGCGGGAGUCUUAUCCUUGCGCCUGGAGGCCGGAGGAGAACGAGCGAGAUGAAGGGGGCAGGCGUGGACUGCAUGCGCCUCGGGCCUCCACCGGUGGGCGCGCCGACGGCGGUCGCGGACUUGCCUCUGGGCGCGAGGCUUCAGGAGACCAAAGACACACCCCCGCCGGAGACUCCACAGAAAGACGCCGGAGGGAGAGAGAAGAGACCCACCUGCAGACAGGAAACAGGCCCGCUCUUUGCUGCAGGCCGCCCAGCGACGGCCAGCCGACCGCGGACUUGGAAGCGCUUCUCGCUUCUUCGAAAGCAGUGGCGCUCUGGCUGAACGCAGUCGCUGGAGAGCUCGAACGUUUGCAACGAAGGCUGCUAAAGAAAGAGGCCGGCAGACCUGCGAGUGUAGCCUCCCCGGGAGACUCCGGAGGGCUGUGGGCGCUGGUAUGUCGCGCGGCGGAGACGACGUGUGCAAGUUGCGAGAAAAAACAAACUCUCGCGGAGAGAAAGCGGCAGCUGCCUGCUCAGCAUGAGGCGACUGAGACGCGAGCCCCGCCUCUCGGGAAAACUGCAGCGACACCCGCGCAUGCGCCGCGUCCCUCGUGUCCAUCGCGUGCGGCUGCGGCCUCGCCAGUCCGGCCUCUCGCCCUUGCCACGAACCUUCCUUCUGGCGUCCCUCCUCCGCUGCCGUCGCCCUCCCCCGCGUCGCAGCACGCUGCGGUGUCUCCGUUUGGGUCGUCGUCUGCCUGGCCCCCGUCAAAUUUCUGGGUGUGGGCUGUCCGCCUGCUUUGCCGCCGUCAGCGCGAAGAGCGGGAGGCAGCUCGCCACGCGCCCGAGGUGCUGGUAGGCACUCCCCCUUCGUCUUCUUUCUCUUCCGCGUCGUCUCCGCGCGUCAGUUCGCGCUCAGCCUCCGCGUCUCCUCUGCAUUCUUCUGUACCGUCCUGCGAGCCUUCUGUAUCGUCUUCUGAGUGUUCUGCCGCUUCUUCCGCGCCUCCGCCCCCCGUCGUUGGUGACGCGUCACCAGCUCUGGAGCUUCGAGGCCUCGCGACGGCAGCAAAUGCAUGCGUGCGUCUGUACAAGCUCGGGCGGGAGAACCCGGGUCUCACUUCUUCACUGUUUUCGUCCGGUCCUCCGGCCCGCACGGCUCCGCCGGCAGCUUCAGGGGCUCCGGCGCCCCUUGCGGGUGUCUCUGGAGCAGACGAGAGAGGGCAGGCGCUCGCCCCUCGGUUGGCUGCGGCCUCGUCUUCAGUGUCUCCCGUCGCAUCUUCCUGCGGCGUCACCGGGCGGGCUCCACAGUCGCCGUGUGACGCGCAGGAGACAGGCGAAGCACACAAAGCUCCAGCGACUGGACGCCGCCUGGUUGUAGUUGGUCGCGCCUCUGCUCUAGACCUUCCGUCCUCGUCCGAGCUGCGGGACUGUCUGCUCACGAUGCUCUUCUCCGUGGAGAAUUGGGAGGAGGCUUCCCGUCGAAUGAAUGAACAGGACGCCUCACUCCUGGUGAAUGCAUGCGCCACCGCCGAGGUAUUAUUUCCUCCGCUUUUCUCCGCGCUCAAGCGGCGACUUUCGCAGAGUUCUCAGGCCGUCGAGCGUGGACGACCCCUGCCGCAAGAGGAAGAGGCGCAGAGGGGGCGGCGGUGCGCACGAGCCGGUGAUUGCCUUCCGCCUGCUUUGUCGUCUUCGACUUCUUCGCUUUUCUCAUCUGCGUCUUCGUCGUCGGAGUUCUCGUUUCCCUCGCGUUGUGGUGAUUCGCCGUCUGCGCGAGGAGACAGCAAAGGCGGGGCAGGCGGCGCGGAGGAUCUUGCGGUCCCUCGGCGGGGGGCCGGAGAGGGGGACUUUCUGUCUUCCUUCUCGCCGCAGGGCCUCAGUCUUUUGCUCCACGGCUUCGCGUCUCUGAGCGUGUCUCUGUCGCCUACGCUGGGUGCACGACUGGCGUGUGCUGCGCUCGACAAGCUACAUGCAACGCGUCGCGAAGAAACGGCAUGUCAACAAUCGGCGAAUGCGACUUUCGGCGGGCGGGGGAGUCUGGAGCGUGCUCACGGGCUUAGAGACGCCAAAUUUGGGCAUCGCAAGCAGGCGUUUGAAGGCGAAUAUGAGGAGGCCGACUCCACAGAAACACGGGGUGACGCGGCCUCUUCGGUGAGCGGGAAGCAGGCGCAGCAGCCAGCGGACGCUGCUGUAGAAGGCAGACCUGGGGACUCCACUCAAACCAGAGACCAGCGGCGGGUGGUGCAGGUUCGCAGCAGCGGACCGCUGGUGGCGGGUGAGAAGAAAGAAGAGAGGCGGGGCGGGGAUGAGGGCGCGCAGGAACGAGGCAAGCGCGAGGAGACGUCAUGGGUAUGUACUCCUGAGCAGGCAGUCCGGCUCGUGUAUGCGCUAGCCGAGCUUCCGGCUGUCCCGCGACCGAUGGCCAGGCAAGCAGCUGCCGUGCUUGCGCAGGGGAGGCUGAAGUCCAGCCCAGAGGCUUUCACUAUCCAGGGCAGACUCUUGGCGCUCCGGAGUUGGAUUGCCCUCGAAGUCGACGCCCGACAGAGCGUUCAGGCAAUUCUCGUGUCCCUCCUCCGCCCCGCGUCCUCCUUUAUUUCGGCGUCUCCUCGUUCCCCGUCUGGCUUCUCGUUGGCCUCCUCUUCUGGCACCGACUCGCGUUCUGUUGUCUCGGCUGCAGCCUCAAAGCCGCCCACGCUGCUGCGCUUCUCAGAGCAGCACUUCGCCCUUCUGCUCCAUCUCUUGGCGACGGCACAAGCUACAGGAGCGCUCGAAGGGGUCGCCUCGUCUUCUCCCUCGCGGACUAUGCAGGCGCCGAGCUCUCGUCCGCCUCUCGAGGCGGAGGCGCACUCGCGCCCGCCCGCGCGUGCGGAAGGCCACGACGACGAGGUGUGCCCCGGCCUCGCUGGCUGCACGGAAGGGACUUCUGUCCUCGCCCUUCUUCCCGGAUUCCUGCAGACACAUCUGCCUCCGUUUCUCGCUGCAGCGACGCCGCAGGGCCUUGCCAACGUGUUCGCGGCGCUCGCCAAGUUGGAUGCCGGAAGCGUCCGCGUGCGUCUUCCACAGCCCACAAAGGGAGCCCCUGGGGGGCAGCUGCCCCCCGGCCCAGCGGGGCCGCGCGGAAGAAACCGAGAGAUCGUCUACGCAGAUAUCUUGCUGGCGCAGACCUGCGCACGCCAGUUGCUCUCGAGACGAACAGAGCCUCGACACGUGAUUGCUUGCUGUUUUGCGGCAGCUUCGUCCUUCGCGGGAACCCCGCAGUGGCACGCCGCGUUGCUCUUCCACGCAUUUUACAUUUCGCUAGUGAGCCGUCCGUCCUCGUUCACUGUACGUGUGUCUCGAGAGCCAGACGGCCAUGGCUGCUGGGAAGACUCCGCUGGCGACCCACGUUUUUCACGGGGGAGUCGCUGCACUCCUCUCGCCACUCUCGCGGCGAGCCUAGGUCGGCAGUCACUGUACGAUACGUUCAUUCUCUUCGCGGGUUUCGCCCGAGACUCCACUGGAGUGCGAAAGAGAGAGUCGCAGAUGUCUUCCCCUUCGGGAACCUGGAACGCGCCCAGCUUAGGGGCAUCUCCAGAAAAGGCCGAGAAAUCUCAAGAGGACUGCGUACGCGUCCACGAACUGCCUCGUCAGCUGACGCGCUUUAGCGGCAGGCAGCGUCACCAAGGCACGGCCGAGGAGAUGGAGGCGCACGUGCGGCACGAGGCACUGGAGCAGCGGGAGCUAGAACAGGCGCCAGCGGCUGUGGAAAUGGCGCCCAAUUGCUCCACGGAAUCGGCGAUGGGCGGGACGGCAGGGAGCCCCGCACACGCAUUGAGCGCAUGCGGCGUGACCGUCCAGACUGCUUCGCAGCUGCAGGCCGUGCUUCUGCACUUAGCAUUAGAGUGGGGCGACUUAGGGGGCCUAGCCGCGCUUGACGCGCGAGUCCUCAGAGCAUCCCUUUGGCUGGUAGACUGCUUUGCGCACUCCUCGCUCGAUCACGAUAGCGUCCAAGAGAAGGGCGUGCCAGAUUACGAGAGGCGAGACGCCUUAAGCAACCGCCCCCUGAGCGGCGACGAGCUGAACAAGCCUGCAGAAUGGGGUUUCGCCGGCGGGAGCCGCACGAAACGCGAACUUGAGUUCGAAGGAGCCUCUAUUGAGCGAGAGCCGGUGUACGGCCAGUCGGCGGGGAGGGACAACUGGAAUUCACACGAGGCAGCUCGUCGCUCAGAGUCAUAUUGGGAACACGGGCUGCCGCCCCAAGUGAAAUCAUCCCAUCUGCACUCCGAGGUGCUUAACUGUGUCCGUACCUUGCUCGGAGUUCACAGUAGGUGCGGAGGUUUGAGCAAAAAGACCCCUCCGGCGAAACCUGGCCCGAGACCAGACGCCUACGUCGUCGUGUCUGAGGCUCUCGUUCCUCCGUACAUCAUUGACAUUGCGGUGCAUCGUCUUGCCCGUUCGUAG